AAAGUUAAAACCAAGACAGAAGAGAAAGCAGUGGGCGUGGGCUGACGAAAUAGUACCGAAUGCGGAAGGAAUAAAUAAUAGGUACUGGUACUACUACUAGCUAGGAAAAUCCGAGAAUACGACAGUGUUUUGGGUUGGAUUCCGAUUUUCAUAAGCAUCGAUCAAAUUCACCAUCAGGAACAGCACAGCACAGUAUUCCCAAUCCAAAUUUCUACCCACCGACCGUCUCGCACUGAGCAGACGCCCACAGCCCUAUGAUCAUCAAAAUUUAAACUACACUCGCGCUGCUGUUGCGCUGCCGGUGCCGGUGCGUCUCUCUCUACUGUCGAUGUCGUCAACUAAUACUUGACAGAAGGAUUAUUAUUAUACUGAUAGGGGAGGCUGAUGGAUGGCCAUGUGAUCUGUAAUUAAUUGAAAACAAAAAACCCUUUCUUUCCCACAGUGGCAGUAACCUAAUUCCCACUCGAGCUUCUUCGACACCUAGUGCAUGCCAUUCCCACGCACCUCUUGUAUAAUAGCUACGGAGAUCCAACAACUGCAAAAUUCCAAGAUUGAAGCUUUGAAAAUCUUGGUUCUCGAUCAAGGAUGCUGCAACGAUUCGUUUUCUGGUUGGCUUCAUGGUUCCGUAUAAAAAUUGUCGACCCUCUUCUCCAAAUUCUCCGCCGGGGAACCGAGCCAAAGCAGCUUGCAUUCUCGGCUGCGCUUGGGAUCACUUUAGGAGUGUUUCCCAUCUGUGGGGUUACAGUGUUCCUAUGUGGGAUAGCUGUUGCAGUUCUUCGAUCUCUUUGUCAUGCUCCAACUGUAAUGCUGGCAAAUUUCAUUGCUACUCCUAUAGAAUUGAGUCUGAUGGUUCCAUUCCUACGGUUUGGUGAAAUCAUUACCGGUGGGCAUCAUUUUCCUUUAACUUCUGAUGCUUUUAAGAAGGUCUUGACUGGACAAGCUUCACAUGAAGCCUUGCGGAGCAUUUUCCUUGCGUUGUUGGGGUGGGUUGUUGCAGCACCACUUAUCUUAGGAGCCCUAUAUUUAUUGUUGUUGCCAUGUUUCAAGAUCUUGGUUCAUAAAUUCAGCGCUGUUCCUUCAAGCCCAAAAAAGGCACUGAACUCCAUUUCAAGCCCGAGAAAGCCACUCAACUCCCCUUCUGAAGUCAGGCUAAAAGUCAGGGAUGUAUGACUAACAGCACAACAUGCAGGUGGAACGUGCUUUUGUUUGCCAUAAGAAAAGGGCGUAAUAUCAAACACUUUGUACAUAAAGCUUAAUAUGAGGAUGCGUUCUCAGCAAUGCAUGUAAACGUUAAGCAAAUUGUGAUAUUGCAUUCUCACACUUGCUCCAGCUACAUGCUGAAACAUUCAUGGGAAACAGGACCUGUUGAAUUAGUCUCGUGAAGUUUUCAACUGUGUACUAUUCUUGGCAUAUAACUUAAUUGGCUUAUGAUAUCGGUAGUAGUGUAAUAGUGCUAGUGUGCUGUUCUGGAGGCUGUUUUCCUGGAGAAAACUUUUGCCACGCUCCUGCGCUGCGUGUCUUUUACCUCGCGAUGGAGAAGUUAAAGUAAGGAAGCUGGUGCUGGCAUUAUUUAUUGAGGAUGAGGAGAAAUAUCUGAAGCAUCUCCUUUCAUUUUAAUUAGAACUUAUGUACACGCAUGAAAGAAAUGCAAAGGGGAGGAGCCAAAAAGAAAGAAAUGAAACAAGUGUUAGCUAGGAUUCUGGCUUAUGAAGAAAUUGGAGAUAUUCACAUUAUUAAAAUAUGUUU